ACGUCAGUACUCAGUCACUGUACUCGGCGGUUAGUUAGUGAGCGAGUGCCGUCCGACGUAUUGGUUGUGUGUGUUGCGUGCCGUACGUGCAUCGUCGCCGUCCAAAAACGUAUCGUUUUCGCGUGUGCGUAAUAUACUCGAUUUUAUCGAUAUACGCGCGUAUCAUAUAUUACCGCCGGCACCGCGUAACCUUUCUUUUUUUACGAUAUUGUUGUAAUCGCGAAUUAUUAUAAUUUUUUAUUUUUCGCACAUAAAAUAAUAAAUAUUUAUUGUUAUUAUUGCAAUAUUAUAUUAUUAUUAUAUAUACAUAGUAAUAUAUCAUAUACGAUUGUAUUGUUGCCGUACAACAGAGCACACGCUCGCGACUCGUAUAAUAUUGCACUGCACGUCGCACCGCGUUUCGAUUGGUGGUGUAUGUAAUAAUACGCGCGGCGUUUUUGCGUAGUCCCGUCGUAACCUUUCGCCGUCAUUCGCACGUCCCGGACGGAUCCGCAGCAGUACCACAUUAUAUUAUUAUGCAGUUGGCGCCGCCGCGCGCACGAUAACGCGCCGGCAGAUAACGGCGGAAAACCUUCUGAUAUUAUAGUGUCGCCCGGUCGUGGGGUAGCGAUAAUAUACGCGACUAUAUCGUAUGAUAAUUGGUAACAUUACAGUAAAAAAUUAUAAUAAUAACGAUAACUGACGGCGGUCGCUGCCGCUGGACGACGCGGAAAGACGACGAUAUACGCCGCGUGAGGAUUGGCGGACGAUGACCACCGCCGUGGACAACACCGACGAAGACGAUCGUCGUUCGGCGCACCACCUGCAGUGAGGUGUUUUUCCGACAGUAUAAUAAUACCACAUCGGUACAUCGGUAUAUAAUAUAUAAUAGCGGCGAUAUCGCGUACGACAGACCAUCAUCGACACUCCGACAGCGUUGUCUGGAAAACCGUACGCAAUUCAGAUGUCGACGGACUUUGCGUAGGUGAUGUCAAACGACACGUGAUCGACAGUCGCAAUCAACCGCGACAACCACAGCGAUUGUCAACGACGGCAUAAUAAAUGUCUUCGUCGUCGCCCAUAUCGUCUUCUUCGCCUUCGCCGUCUCCGUAUUACCACCAUCAGCAGCAACAGCAACAGCAGCAGCAGCAGCAGCAGCAACAGCAACAAUACAACAACCACCAUCAGCAGCAACUCCAACACCACCUGCAGCAACAGCACCUGCACUCGGGCGGCGCGUCCGCGGCCGCCAACGCGGCUGUCAACUGUAUUCUGUUGUCGCCGUCAGCGGGUUCCGGCGUGACGGCCGUCGGACUGUCCCCGUCACAGGGUUCCGGCGGCGGUAUCGUUGAAGACAUGCAGCAGCAGCAGCAGCAGCAGCAGCAGUCCUCGACGGUAGCGAGCGCCGUAGCGGCCACGACCACGUCGCUGCUGCAGCAGUGCUGUUCGCCGCCGCCAGCGUCGGGCACGUCUUCAGUGUUGAGAAAAGCUCAAAUCGAGAUUAUACCGUGCAAAGUGUGCGGCGACAAGUCCAGCGGCGUCCACUACGGCGUGAUCACGUGCGAGGGCUGCAAGGGAUUCUUCCGGCGGUCGCAAUCGUCCGUGGUCAACUAUCAGUGCCCGCGCAACAAGAAUUGCGUGGUGGACCGCGUAAACAGAAACCGGUGCCAGUACUGUCGGCUCCAAAAAUGCCUGCGGCUGGGCAUGUCCCGUGACGCGGUGAAAUUUGGGCGCAUGAGCAAGAAGCAGCGGGAGAAGGUCGAAGACGAAGUGCGUUUCCACAGAGCGCAGAUGCGUUCGUCAGCAGCUGCUGCAGCCGCGGCUGCUGCUGCAGCGGUGGCCGCGCAGACCACAGCCAUCGACUGCUGUUCGACCACGACCGGCGGUGGUAACGGCGGUACCGCAGCCGUGGCCGCUGAUUCGUCAGUGUUUGACCACGACCAGCACGGGCAGCAACACGGACACGGGCAACAGCAACAGCAGCAGAUGCCCUCCAGCACUGCCGACCACGGGCUACGCCUACACCAAUUACACAGCGGAGGAGGACAUCUCUCGCAACACCACCAUCAGCAGCAGCAGCAACAACAACAACAGCAACAGCAGCAACUACAGCAACAGCAACAGCAACAGCAGCACCAGCAACACCAGCUCCAUGGUCAGCAGCAACAGUUCAACAUCAACAGCAAUGUUCAACAGGCUUACGCAGCAGCCGCAGCAGCAGCCGCCGCAGCAGCAGCAGCCGCUGCGGCCGGCGGUGGCGUCAACGGAGCCAACGGGGGCACAGGAGUCGGAUAUGGAGGCAGCGGAUAUAACAGCAGCACUGGAACAAACGCAGCCGCAGCAGCCGCAUCGCUAGUGGUGGACACGUUCGCGGCGUACGCGGCUGCGGCCACCUCGUCAGCGGUGCAGUCAGGGGCUAACGGUUCCGUGCCGCCCCCAUACGACACGGCGGCAACAAGCAGCAACUACGUGGCGGACAGCACAACACCAGCAGCGUCAAGCACGACGCCGUCGACGGCCGCGGCCACAUCCACUUACGGCGGUGACAUGGAAGUGUCGUCGGUGGCGGCUGUCGCUUCCGGAGCACAGGAGAACUUAAUGGCCGGCGUUUCCGGUUCUACGGCUGCAGUUUCUUCCGCAGCAGACGCCGUCCAGAUCAGCGAGCUGCUGAGCAAGACCAUAGCAGAUGCGCACGCCCGCACGUGUUUCUACACGCUCGACCAGAUACACGACGGCAUGUACCGAACGGCCACCAUGGCCGCGGCCAAUAAGGCGACGGCCGACAAAUUGAUAAUGUACAAAACCAUGCCUCACGAGGAGCUGUGGUUGGAGUGCGCGCAAAAACUAACGUCCGUCAUCCAGCAGAUUAUUGAGUUUGCCAAAAUGGUGCCCGGAUUCAUGAAACUAUCGCAAGACGAUCAGAUCGUACUACUCAAAGCGGGAAGUUUCGAGUUAGCAGUGCUGAGGAUGUCCAGACACUAUGACCUACACCGGGACUGCGUCUACUACGCAGACGCCCUAUUGCCGGCUGACGCGUUUUACACGCAAGACGCAGUUGAAAAGAAACUGGUCUCGUUGGCUUUUGAAGUGAGCCGCUCCGUUGCCUCGUUGAAACUUACUGAAACCGAGCUGGCCUUAUACUCUGCCGUCGUAUUGCUGUCGCCAGAUCGGCAAGGCUUGAAAGGCACUGUGGAAAUUGGUCGUCUUAGACAGGCCAUUCUGCGUGCUCUACGUAUGGAACUCGACCAUAGAACUGCGGGUGGCAAAAAUGCAGCCUCUGUCGAUCUACAACACCAGCAGCAGCAUCACCAACAGCAGCAACAGCAGAAUCAAGUGUGCGAUGCUCUUAUACAAAAGAUUCCGAUACUCAGGCAACUGGGAAUGCUGCACAUGGAAGCGUUAGCCAAGUUGCGUCGUACGGUUCCACACUUGGAAUUCCCGGCUCUGCACAAGGAACUUUUCUCGGUCGACGGCAGUUGAUCUGAGGAGGAAGGCUACGACGACGACGACGACGACGACGAUGACGCGGCGGCGGCGGCGGCGGCGGCGGCGGUAGCGGCGGCGGUGAUGGCGGAAGCGGUGGUAGCGACGCUGGUGACGGUGGUGACGACUCCUCUGCGAAAGACUCGUCUACGAUCGUUAUCGCGUCGGUGAUCUCUUUGACUGGUGGACUACAAUGAGAGCAGUAGCAGCAAUGAGCAAAUAGUCGUCGCAGACGGGCUGUGUAACAUAUUAUAUUAUAUUAUUAGUAUAUUAUAUUUUAAUAUAAAAAUAAAACAUAAAACGAAAAAAAAAUCGCAAAAUCUCUCGAGAUCACACACCGCUGUUACAUAUAUAUUAUUCUAUAUUAUAUUAUUAUGUAUAGUGUUGUUUUGUUACAAGGUAGCGUCCCAUAUUAUAUAUCGCGUGUUUAUGUAAUAGAAUAUUGAUAUUAUUAUUAUUAUUAUUACUAUUAUUACUGUUGUUGUUGUAUAGUAUUUUUUUAUAUGUAUACGGGACAUAAAUCCCCAGGUACGGCGUAAUGAAUAGGUAUAAUAAUUAAACUCAAUAAUUAUGUUUGUAUGAAUUUUUUCCCGUUCUCAAGUAUAAGAACAUUGCUUAUAAAAACGAUUUCCGUCGCGGGAGGAGAUCGCGAGCGUGUGUAUGUAUGUGUGUGUGUGUGUGUGUAUGUGUGUGUUGUGUUUGGUGUAUAUUGAAGAAGAGAGCUUAUUUUCGUUGCAUUCGUUUUGCGUUUGUGUGUGUUUGUGUGCGUGUGUGAGUGGACGAAAGACUUCGUCGUUUUCUGUUGUCUGUUAAUCUUCGGAUCGAGCGUUUGUUUGUUUAGGUACGACGUUAAUCGUAGUCGACGACGAUCCUACACGUAUUGCACACGUCGCGUUCACACGUUAUAUAAUAAUAGUAUUUAAAUCGAUGAAGUGAAGUGUACACAAUAUCAUAAUAUUACAGCGCGUAAUAAUUGUAACGCCGUUCGUCGCGGUGUAUAGCAGUGAUUAUUGUUUGUCGUAUUAUUUAUUGUUUUUUCGGGGAAGAGAAAAAAAUUAAUUAAAUAAUUUCGUUUUCGGUCAGCGCACCUACCGCGCGCGUUGCACUUUUUUCAUCGUCGUCGUCUUUGUAAAUAAUAAUAAUAAUAAUAGUAUUUAGUGCGGUUCGUUUGCGCCGCUGUACAACACCCAUAUAAUAUACUUGUUAUAUAAUAAUAUUAUUAUGAUUAGAAUACGUUUAUUAUAAAUUAUAUAAUAUACCGAAGUCGUGUUGAAGAAAUGGGGGAAAAAAUAGUGCCGGCGGCCGAGCAGAGUUUAUUCGUCAUUAUUGUUUACUUUUUUUUUUCAUUCGAAAACUCGUACAUUUUAUCAAUGUAUAAUUUAUGCGGAAAGCCGAGGAAAACAAUUAAUUAAUAGAAACUCACUAUACACACUCGUCACGUCAUAUUAUUAUUGUAUUGUACUUGUACACACAUACACACAUAUACACACACACUUGUAUAUAGCUGUCGCUAUCGUACUCAUACACAGACUACUGAUAUCAAAUAAAUUCCACGCGCGAUAUAAUAAUUAAUAUUAUUGUUAUAUAUAAUAUUUUGUACACGUCGUUUAGGUACGAUAUUUUAUAGAUAUUAUUAUACUGCCUAUUAUUACGCGUAUAAUAUGAUUACGUUGUGUAGAUAGAGAAAUAUAUAUAAAUAAAUAAGUAUAAUAUAUUAUGAAAUGUGGCCGCCGCCACCUCGCGUUUAAAUAUAAUUCUUAAUAUUAUUCUUAUUAUUAAAUAAUGUGUUACGUGUUUUUGUAUUUUGUAUAAAUUAUUAUGUAUAAGAGUCGUCGUCGUCGUCGUCGUCAUCUACUACUACAACAAUACUUUUUUCUUUUUUUUUUUUAUGUCAGCGACUUAACAUAUUAUGUAUAUAAUAUAUAUAUAUAUAUAUAAUAUAACUUAAACUAUAUAAUAUACAUUGUAUAUCGUGUGUGUAAAAUAGUGGUAACACAUCAAACAGUUGUAGCACAUAUUAUUAUGUAUGUAUGUAUUUUAUUCGUAAGUCGUUCGACGACGACGAUUAUGGCACCGGCUGCGUAUUUUUAUUUAUGUAUACGUGUAAUAUAUGAAUAUAUCAUAUAAAAAUUUACAAAACGCGAAUAGUUUUAAUUUGUUUUCGUUAAUAAUUAUUAUAAAAUGAAUAGGAAAUUUAACGUGAUGUGGGGUAAUUAUAUUGUGAAAUUAAUUGAUAAGAAGACGGAGUGAAAAUGUGUAAAAUACGAUUUUUAAUAUAUAAAGAGUAUAUUAUAUAAUAUAAUAUAUAUAUAUAUAUAUAUAUAUAUAUAUAUAUAUAGUAUAUAUUACGAUAGUUUUUUACGGUAAAAAAAACGAUAUAUUGUUUUUUUUAUAAUUAUUAUUAAUAUUAUUAUUUGCGCCUGCCCGCAAUUUUAUGAAUUUUAUUAAACUUUGUCAUUUUAUUAUUAGAUAAGAAUAUAUAUUAUAUAACUAUAUAUAUAUGAAAAACAAACAAAAUAUUUUUAUGUUGUAUACUGCAACAGUCAAGUAAAACACGCGCACAUAAUAAUAUAUAAUUUUAUUGUAUAUUUUUUAAAAAUACGUUUAUCGUUUGUUCUCGUAUCUUAUGUAAUAGCAAUUGAUAUAUAUAUAUAUUAUCAUUGGUCUUAGAUAGUAAUUAUCAUCAUCUAUAAUCAAUGAUAUAAUGUUUGUCACCUCAUCCUCGUCCUCUUCCGGAACGCGUAUAUUAUAAUAUAUAUUAUAUAGGUACACUCGUUGUGUUUCAGUUAUAUUUUUUUUAUUUCUUUUCGUUUUCCACUACUACUAGAAAAGGUGCUCCGUGUUAUUAUUAUUAUUAUUGUUAUUAAUUAAUUAUUAUCGCUUAUAAUUAUUAUUAUUAUUAUUAUUAUUGUUUAACGAAAGAUAAUAUUAUAAAACAAAAAUAUAUAAAUAUAUGUAUAUAUAUAUAUAUUUAUAUAGAUAUAUACGCAUGUAGAUUAUAUGGUAUAUUUUUUCUUUU